AUGAAAUAUCCACAGCCUCCACUCCAGGAAUAUCGCAAAUCAGGAGAUGUCUUUGUUGGUGGCAUUGCUUCUCACACUUUCAUUGUAUCCACUUCAGUAGACUUCACAAGAAAUCCACCCCCACCACUGUCUGAUGAGUUUGUUAUAGUGACUAAGAAUUACCAGCACAUUCUAUCACUGGCAUUUGCAGUAAAUGAAAUCAAUGAAAACCCACACAUUUUACCCAAUGUCACCUUGGGAUUUGAUAUCUAUGACAGCUAUUACAAUGCCAAGUGGACUUACCAAGACACAAUGCAAUUCACAUCCACACCAAAGAAAUUAAUUCCUAACUACAAAUGUGAUAUCCAGAACAACCUAAUAGCUGUAAUUGGAGGACUAGACCCUCAAAUCUCUCAUCACGUGGCUACACUUGUGGAUAUCUACAAGAUCCCACAGCUGAUCUAUGGUUCUGCUCCAUUGAUGAAUGACAAAACUCCCAGCCUGCCUUUCUACAAGAUAGCUCCUAGUGAAACUCUUCAGAAUGUGGGGAUUCUUCGGUUGCUUUUGCAUUUCAAUUGGAUAUGGAUUGGGGUAAUUUAUGUGGAUGAUGACAAUGGAGAAAGAUUUGUGCAGUCUGCAGUUGAACUGUUCCCGCAGCAUGGGAUCUGUAUUUCUUUCAUAGAAAAAAGCCCCAAAUCCUCUGUUGUCAGUGAUACUGCUGAGAAGCUUCAACAUGGGACCAAAAUACUUGAUAAAAUCAGGGAAAGUUCAGCCAAUGUAUAUUUAGUGUAUGGAGAAUCCUAUUCUUUUACAUACUUGAGGUGGUUACCUCAGCUAUCAGAGUUGGAAAAUACACCAUGGAUGGGUAAAGUGUGGAUAUUGGCAGCCCAGAUAGAGCUCAAUGCGUUUGUCUAUCAAAGGAAUUGGGGUCCAGACAUCAUCCAUGGUGCUCUGUCCUUCAGCGUUCAUUCCAGCGAUCACCCUGGGUUUCAACAAUUUGUUGCAAGCAGAAGUCCUUCCAGAAUCGAAGGAGAUGGUUUUAUGAGGGAUUUUUGGCAACAGGCCUUUGGCUGUACAUUCCCAAAUCCAAUGCUGAAUGACAUAACAGGUGACAUCUGCACUGGGACGGAGAAGCUGGAGAGCCUUCCUGGGCCUUUUUUUGAAAUGAGCAUGACUGGACACAGUGACAGCAUCUAUAACGCUGUCUACGCCAUUGCUCAUGCUUUACAAGAUAUGUCCUCAUCUAAACGUAAACACAGAGAAGAUGCACAUGAAAGACCAUUGAAACAUCAGAUUAAAGAGUUGUGGCAGCUCCAUCACUUUCUGAGGGGUGUAUCUUUUAACAACAGUGCUGGGGACAAGGUUUCCUUUGAUCAAAAGGGUGAACUGAUAGCUGGAUUGGAUAUUGUUAACUGGAUUGUUUCCUCAAACCAAUCCUUUCAUAGAGUGAAAGUUGGGAGGAUGGAUCCACAUGUUCCUCUGGACCAAGCAUUCACCAUUGAUGAGAAUGCCAUCACAUGGGAUCCGUUCUUUAAUCAGACCCGGCCUCUUUCAGUAUGUACUAAGAGUUGCUAUCCUGGUUCCAGCAAGACAAUGAAGGAGGGGGAGCCAUUUUGUUGCUAUGAUUGCACUCUGUGUCCGGAAGGGAAGAUAUCUGACCAGAAAGACAUGAAUGACUGUAAAAAAUGUGCAGAUAAGCAGUAUCCAAACGAGAAACGUAAUGUAUGUGUUCCCAAGGACAUCACCUUCUUGUCCUAUGAAGAACCUUUGGGGGGAAUUCUUGCAGGUUUUGCUCUUUCCUUCUCUUUGAUCACAGCUCUGAUACUUGGGACUUUUCUGAAGCACCACACCACUCCCAUUGUCAAAGCCAACAACCAGAGCCUCACCUACACUCUUCUCAUCUCUCUCUUGUUCUGCUUCCUUUGUGCACUGCUGUUUAUAGGCCCACCCAAGCAGGUGGCGUGUCUCCUUCGGCAAACUGCUUUUGGCAUAAUCUUCUCAGUGGCUGUUUCUUGUGUGCUGGCAAAGACCCUGACUGUGAUUCUGGCUUUCAUGGCCACCAAGCCAGGAAGCAGGAUGAGGAAAUGGGUGGGGAGAAGAUUUGCGCACUUUGUUGUUCUUUCUUGCUCUCUUAUCCAAGCAGGCAUCUGUGCUGUGUGGCUGGCAUCCUCUCCCCCAUUCCCAGAUGUUGACGUGCAUUCAACAGCUAAAGAAAUUAUACUGGAAUGUAAUGAAGGAUCUCUUGCCAUGUUCUACUGUGUCCUGGGCUACAUGGGCUUCUUGGCAGUCAUCAGUUUUAUUGUGGCUUUUCUGGCCAGGAAGCUACCUGACCGUUUCAAUGAAUCCAAAUUCAUCACAUUCAGCAUGUUGGUCUUUUGCAGUGUUUGGCUAUCUUUUGUUCCAGCCUAUCUGAGUAUCAAAGGGAAAUAUGUGGUAGCUGUUGAGAUCUUCUCUAUGUUAGCCUCCAGUGGUGGGCUGCUGGGUUGUAUCUUUUUCCCCAAAUGUUAUAUUAUCUUGUUGAAACCUGAACUAAAUAACAAGAAUCAUAUGAUUAGGAAAACCUCUUGAAGUCUGUUUCCUUCUUUAAACUUGCUGUCCAGAGUAGUGUGUGCCCUCCAGUGUUUGCUCCUUUUUCCUGUCAUUAGUUGUUUUGUUCCUGUCCUGCAUCCAUAUUGGUUGACAUCUCUCUUCCCCCUCCAUCCUACCCUGAGGCCAACUUUGACACUCAGGAGGGGCCCAGAAACUUCAGUUCUCAGGCAUCUCCACAACAAACACUACAAGUGAGAAGGCAAAAGCUUGACUGGACAACUCAAUGAUAUAUCAGUGUC